AAAAAAGAAAAACUAAAGUCGGUCACUUAACAUAAAAUAGCUUCAUAAUUCCUCACUUUCUAUUUUCAUUUCCGAUUAAUAGCUUCGUCACUAAUCAACCUAAAAAACUCUUCAAUCAAAUCCACAUAAACCCUUCACCGAAUUUCAUCUUCAGAAAUUCCAUCCUCUCCGUAAAAACUGCAAUCGCCGGGAGCUGCGCUCGCUUUCCAAUCAACCGUACCCCACCUGAUGAAAUUCUGCUGAUCGGCGCCACAUCGAAGCUCCCCGUACUGCCAUGGCGGAGGAGAUCGCCGCCCUCGCCGCUGCCCUGUCUUCCGACGAUUUCUCUUCGAAGCUCCGCUCCGACGCGUCGGCGCCUGUGCUGAGGCUAGGGCUCGAGAAACUCUACUCGCUCCUCAGGCAAUCCGUCAGGCCGUUGGAUUUUUAUGAUGGUGAAGCGGCGGGCGGCAGUUUAGCGUUGGAGGUCUGGGACCAAGCUCAGAUUCAUGCCCUGGCCUGUGUAUCGACUGGUGUUGCUAAAGCAAUUCGAUCGACGCCAGCUGAGCAAGUUGAGCCUGUGGUUGUGGCCGUGGUCCAACAGUCGAUGGAGUUUGCGUUGUGUUACCUGGAAAAAUGGAAUUCUAAGAGUGAUGAUGCAAGUCUUCAGAACAUUAUGGUACAGUUAUUGGAGCUGGUGCUAGUUGAUGGAGUACAUAAAGAGUUGGAUGUCUUGCAAUCAUGCACUACUAAUGUUCAGGUGGACUUGUUGCCCACUGUUGCUGAUAAAGAUGAUACCGUGCAGUGGAAGGACAAUGUCGAGUGCAUGCUUAAUGGACCAAUGUGCUCCCGGGGAAAUGAAGCAGAUGAUAACCUGUUAAACACUUUAAUUGCUGAAUGUGUACAAGUCGAUAUUGUCAAUCCUGUUACGUCUAGACAAUCUUUUCCCCGCAAUGUCGAUAAACUGAGUACUCUUUUUCAGCACUGGGCUAUUGUUCAUUUGAGAUGCAUCCACCGCCUUAUUCUUCUCUGCAAAGAACUCUUAAAACUAUCAGUGUCAUUGGAUGAAAAACAAGUCUGUCACAAUAUGCGAAGGAGAUUGUCAACUUGCAUACGAAUAUUCAAGCUGAUGGGAUGUCUUACAAAAGAGAAUUCGUUUGUUGAUUCUGACAACCAGUUGUUGCAAUCGACUGCUUCUUUCAUUGAUGUACUGCCUACACUGUUUGGAGCUGGUGUUGAGUUUGCGAAUGCUGAAAGCAGCUGUGAAAGUCUUGCUGUCCACUGCUUGGAAGAAUUUCUGCAAGCAAUGCAGGCUACUCUCUGUCGGAAUUAUAUCUUUCAGAAUAUCCAAGCAUGUGUAGCGACUUCUAUCUUACACAUUUUAGACUCUGAUGUCUGGAGUUCAGAUAAAUAUGUUUCCAGCCAUAAACUCCCAUUGGCUUGCUCUCCUCGUGUGAUUAUUUUCGUUUUGAAACUCAUUUCUGAUAUCAAGGAUCCUGCACAUUACAUUGUCGAUGUGGGUGACCUUGAUACUAGGUGUACUGACAGCACAGAGCUUGAAGCUCCUCUAUGCCAUGUUCGGAAUGAGGAAGUAUUAUUGUUGAGAAAGUAUACAGUAGACGAGUUAUUGGCAUUUAUAUUUCCUCCAUCAGUUCAGUGGCUCGACAACCUGAUGCAUCUGGCUUUCUUCCUUCAUUCUGAGGGCAUCAAAUUAAGGCCAAUACUGGAGAGAUCAUUUUCCAGUGGGACGAAAGCAUCGGGUACCUCGGAAGUCGAAACUGUUGUCUGUCAUGAAGAUGAAGCUCUUUUCGGUGAUCUUUUUUCCGAGGCCAGUCGUUCUGUUGGAUCUGCCGAUGGAUGCGAACACUCUAAUGUUGCUGCUAGUUCUGUUUCAAGCUUAAGGAAUAUGCCACUGGAGGCAGCAACUGAAGUACUCAAUUUCCUGAAAACAUGUGUUUUCUCUCCUCAGUGGCAUCCAUUGGUGUAUCAAAAUGCGUGCCGGAAGCUUAGUGGCAACCAUUUUGACAUUUUACUUUCAUUUCUUAAAUGUCAGGGCAGUUAUCCUGAAGACAGGACUUAUGAUAAUAGCUUAACUCUGCAUGAAGAGAAGAAAUAUGGACAUGUACAGCAGGUGUGCUUUGAAUUAUUGCAGAAACUUGUGACACUUAGAUCCUUCUCCGAAUCUCUUGAAGAAUCAAUAGUUGAUAAAAUUUUGUUUGUUGAAGCUGGUGGUUAUGUGUACAAUAAUAAAAUGCUUGCUUUACUUGCCAAUAUACUAGUGUGCCGAGUGGGUUUGGCUGGUUCCAGAUUGAGAACCAAAAUUUACGUGACGUUUAUUGAAUUUAUCCAUCAAAAGGCAAAAACAGUUUUCUCAAUAUGCCCUGGUGUGAAGGAGAUAGCCGGAACUCUUCCUUCUUUAUUUCACAUUGAGAUUCUUUUGAUGGCUUUUCAUCUUUCAUCUGAAGAGGAGAAAGCUGCACUGGCUAAUUUAAUGCUCCGGUCUGUUAGAACUAUGGAUGUUCCCUGUUCUGGUUUUGACAGUGUGCAGUUUUCGUGCUGGGCUUUGGUGACGUCAAGAUUGAUUUUAGUACUUCGUCAUAUGAUAUAUCACCCUCGUACAUGUCCGUCGUUGCUGCUCUCUGACUUCAGAAUGAUAUUGAAGGAAGCACCUGAGCUACAAAUGAACAGUUAUUUCAAGUAUUUGCCAUCUUGGAUAGCCUUUGCAUUAGAGGAAAUGGCGAGUUCGGAUGGGGCAAUGGCAAAUAUAUCUCUGCUUAAUCAAUUGGUUGAUAUUGCCCCUCUUCCAGCUUCACUGUGUACUACUUAUUCUCCAGAAGAUUGGUUAGGUUUGACGUGGGAGGAAAUAUGUGCUUCUUUUUGCCAGAUUUUGGGAUACUGGAGUGGUCGAAAAGCUUCCAAUACGGAUGACUUGAUUCUUGAACGUUAUCUUUUUGUGCUUUGCUGGGAUAUCCCAGUUGGGGGAUCUUCCUCAGACCGUGGGCAAAUUCUCUUGAGGGAUCUCAAGGUUCCAGCUAUCUUAAAUACAAGAGACAUUCUGUAUAUCAGUCAUUAUAUAUUAAGUCAGCAUGUUGAUAGCAAUGAGUUUGCUGGCACUGCUGAUCUUAUUUUGAGUUUGCUUCAGCGAUUGCAUGGUUCACUUACUUGUGAGGAUGUUGGGGAACUCGGAUGGGAUUUUUUUAGGAGUGGAUCCUUGCUUUCUUUUGUCCUCUCCGUACUUUGUUUAGGCAUUCAUGGGUAUGAUAAGAAUUCUUCCGCAAUAGUGGUCCCCACCAGGCCAGAUUCCACAGCUGGGGAUGCGGAGUUUUUGGAAUUCACCAGAAGUCUUGUUUACAACUCUUUCAGUACUGAUCAAGUUGCAAUGCUGAUAAAAAUAUUGGCGUCUUUGUUAAACGGAUACUUACGGAUAUAUCAGAAAGCUUUGGCAUCAAUCUUUGUAGAUGAGCAUCGGUGUGCCAACAGAUUUUUCCCUCUGUGGUUUCUUCCGUAUGCUGAUCCAGACAAAAAUAUUCAAGAUGAGUUCUCCAAGAAGAUGGGGAUCAGUUCAUGCUUGUUGACCUCAGUUUAUGAGCUGCCUUCAAAACUGGGUAAAAUUGUUGAGAAAUGUGCUCUGGGUGUAAGAGCAAGGAUUUUCUGGGAAGCUGCUUUGCAUGGAUUUCCUCCUCAUCACCUACUUGGGAGCGAAAUUAUAUCAUCCUGCAUCCUCAACAUGAAAGGAAUCAUUAUCAGUCUUGCUGGGCUAUUGGAAAUAAGAGCUUCUAGAGGGAUCAAAUGGGAGGAAAAAGAGGUCAGCAGUGAGAUUCUUGAAUCAGCCCUGGCAAUUAAAUGUGACCGGGUCUUCGAAAACCUCAAGGGUCAAUGUGACGUGAUAGGUGAAAGCUUGAAAAUGGGAACUGAAGGACCUGAUUACAACAGCCUAUUCAUUAUGAAGCGCAUGGAAGAAUUUUUGAGAAGCGCGCAUAAAGGAGAAGAUGUUAAUGUAAGCAUCCAUGAAUAUGUGGUUGUGAAAAUGGUGGAUAUGGCUUACAGCCUGAUUGGUGAUACUUCAAAAACUGUCAUUUUCAAAUUCUUCCUCUCUAUGGAGGAUUCUUCUGAAAAACUAGUGAAUUUUUAUGGUCCCCUACGAGGCGAUCUAUCGGUUCUCUUUGAUGCUCUAGAUCAUUGCUGUUCUGAAUCUGUUAAUGUGAAGGUUCUCAAUUUCUUCACAGAUAUUUUAUCUGGUGAAUAUCCGUUGGUAAUGAAGAAGUUGCGCACAAAGUUUGUCGAAACGGAUUUGGUUUCACUGUCAAAGUGGCUGGAGUUGAGGCUACUAGGAUCUGUAACUGAAACACCAGACGGCAUCAGUGCUAAAGGAAUUUUAGUCUCUCUAAGAGAUGCGACCAUGAAAUUUCUCACUUGUCUAUUGUCGCACACUUCGGAUUUCCUGCUGCAGGAGUUACACUGUCAUUUGCAUCAAGCCAUGCUUCUUUCUCUCGACAAUGCAUUUUUACAUUUUGAUUUUAAUGCAGCAAAAGGGUAUUAUAGUUUCAUUGUUCAACUAUCUGAAGGGGAAAUUCUGAUCAAGUCACUGAUUCAGAGAACUGUCAUCCUGAUAGAGAAGCUUGCUGGUGAUGAGAACUUGCUUGAAGGGUUGAAGUAUCUUUUGGGGUUCCUUACAGCGACUGUAAGUGAUUGUGCGUCUCCUGGUUGCAUUAUGGAAAAGUCCCAUGGGAAGACCGUUUCUAGAAGUAGUUCUGGUUUAGGGUCAUUAUCAUCUAGAACUCUUGGUUCAAGAAGAAACGCCAAUGACUUGAUCCCAUCUGCUAAUCGGUCAGCUUCUGUUGACUGUGAUGCAACUUCUGUUGAUGAUGAUGAAGAUGAUGGAACAUCGGAUGGUGAGUUGGGUAGCAUAGAUAAGGAGGAGGAGGAGGAUACCAACAGUGAGAAGGCUCUAGCAUCUAAAGUUUGUACCUUCACAUCCAGCGGCAGCAAUUUUAUGGAGCAGCACUGGUACUUCUGCUAUACAUGUGAUCUGACUGUCUCGAAAGGCUGUUGCUCCAUAUGUGCAAAAGUCUGUCAUCGAGGUCAUCGUGUUGUAUACUCUCGCUCUAGUCGUUUUUUUUGUGAUUGUGGUGCUGGUGGUGUUCGAGGCAGCAGUUGCCAGUGCUUGAAGCCUCGAAAGUACACUGGAAGUAGCACUGCAAGUAACACUGCACCCUUACGUAGUGCUGCUAACUUCCAGUCUUUUAUCUCCCCUACUGAGAAUGUCGAUCAGUUGCCUGACAGUGAUUCAGACAUUGAAGAGGACACAUCGACCGACCUGGAUAACUCUACCAGGUUAUUUGUAUCAAAAGAGGUUCAAGACAGGAUGCCGCUGCUGCUGGAUGAGCUGGAGGUGGAACACCGUGUAUUAGGAGUUUGCUCAUUAUUGCUGCCUUAUAUAACUGCACGAAGAGAUUCCAUAAUGAUAAGAGAUAAGAAAGUUACACUGUCUGAAGACAAAGUGCUUCACUAUAGCAAUGAACUUCUGCAAUUGAAAAAGGUAUUUAAGAGCGGAUCAUUGGAUUUGAAGAUAAAAACAGAUUAUUCAAAUGCAAAGGAACUAAAAGCUCAUUUGACAAAUGGAUCUCUCGUCAAAUCAUUACUCAGUGUCAGUGCCCGAGGUCGAUUAGCAGUUGGUGAAGGUGAUAAAGUAGCCAUAUUUGAUGUGGGCCAGUUAAUUGGACAAGCCACUGUUGCUCCUGUGACAGCUGAUAAGACUAAUGUGAAGCCUCUUUCUAAGAAUGUUGUUCGCUUUGAGAUCGUGCAUCUUCUUUUUAAUCCACUUGUUGAGAAUUAUCUGGUUGUAGCAGGCUAUGAAGACUGCCAGGUCCUUACAGUUAAUCAUCGAGGUGAGGUGAUUGAUAGAUUAGCUCUUGAACUUGCUCUACAAGGUGCAUAUAUCAGACGUGUAGAAUGGAUCCCUGGUUCUCAGGUUCAGUUAAUGGUGGUCACAAACAGAUUUGUCAAGAUAUAUGAUCUAUCUCAAGACAGCAUCAGUCCUUUGCACUAUGUGACAUUGCCUGAUGACACAAUUGUGGAUGCAACUGUUUUAGUGGCUUCCCAUGGUAGGACAAUUAUAAUUGUCCUCUCGGAGUCUGGCAGCUUGUACAGAUUGGAGUUGUCCACUAAAACAAAUAUUGGCAGCAGGCCUUUGAAAGAUAUCAUUGAAGUAGAGGGGAAAAACAAGCCUGCAAAGGGCUCCUCACUAUAUUUCUUGCCUACUCAUAAAUUACUCUUCUUAUCCUAUCAAGAUGGGAGUACCUUGAUUGGCCGCUUAAAUCUGGAUGCAACAUCCGUGGUAGAGGCGUCUGCUGUGUAUGAGAAUGACUUGAAUGGUAAGAUCCGUCCAGCUAGUUUGCAUCGUUGGAAAGAGUUAUUGGGUGGCAGUGGGUUAUUUGUUUGCUUUUCAAAUCUAAAAUCAAAUGGGGUACUUGCCAUCUCCCUGGGACAGCAUGAAAUGUUAGCACAGAAUUUGCGUCAUACUGGGGGUUCUUCGUCACCUCUGGUCGGGGUUACUGCUUAUAGGCCUCUGUCAAAAGACAAAAUCCACUGUCUUAUUAUGCAUGAUGAUGGAAGUCUCCAGAUCUACUCACACAUCCUUGCUGGGUUGGAUACUGGUGUUAAUUUGAUGGCAGAUAAGGUUAAAAAACUGGGUUCUGGUAUUCUAAAAAAUAAAGCUUAUGGGGGUGCAAAACCAGAAUUUCCACUUGACUUCUUUGAGAAAACUGUCUGUAUUACGCAAGAUGUGAAAUUCAGUGGUGAUGUCAUUCGAAACAAUGAUUCUGAGGGGGCUAAGCAAACUUUUGCAUCUGAAGAUGGAUUUCUAGAGGGUCCGACUGCAGGAUUUAAGAUAACAGUCACAAAUUCAAAUCCCGAUAUUGUCAUGGUUGGUGUUCGCUUGCAUGUCGGUAAUACGUCAGCCAGUCAUAUUCCUUCUGAAAUUAGUAUUUUUCAGAGAGUUAUAAAACUUGAUGAAGGAAUGCGGUCUUGGUAUGAUAUACCCUUCACUGUAGCUGAAUCACUCUUAGCUGACGAGGAGUUCAUUAUUACUAUUGGCCGAACUGCCAGCGGGUCUGCUUCGCCAAGAAUAGAUUCCUUAGAGGUGUAUGGUCGGGCAAAGGAUGAAUUUGGUUGGAAGGAGAAGAUGGAUGCAAUACUAGAUAUGGAAGCUCGACUGCUUGGUUGUGAUUCGUGCUCAUCCGGUUCAGCAAGGAAGUGUCAGACGGCACACUCUUCUUCACAGGCGCAGGUGAUAGCUGAUAGCCUCAAGCUACUCUCCAGUAUCUAUUUUCUGUUUAAACCUCCGGGAUUCUCAAAAAGUGAAGAAGUUAAAGUGGAACAGAGCAACCUUAAAUGCAAGCAAGUGCUAGAAACAAUAUUCGAAAGUGACAGGGAACCCUUGCUUCAGGCUGCUGCCAGCCGAGUUCUGCAGUCUGUAUUUCCUAGAAGAGAGAUAUAUUACCAAGUGAAAGACACUAUGCGCCUCACUGGAGUAGUGAAAUCUACAGUUGCACUCUUGUCGAAGCUGGGAACGGGGGAGCUUACCCCAGGGUGGAUUAUUGAAGAGUUUACAGCACAGAUGCGUAUAGUUUCUAAGAUUGCUGUGCAUCGUCGCUCAAACUUGGCUAAUUUCCUUGAGACUGAUGGUUCCAACGUGGUUGAUGGACUUAUGCAAGUACUCUGGGGAAUUUUGGAUGUAGAGCAGCCGGACACACAAACUAUGAAUAAUAUGGUCAUAUCAUCUGUUGAGCUGAUCUAUUGUUAUGCAGAGUGUUUAGCACUGCAUGGAAAAGAUGUUGGCAUCAAAUCUUUAAGCCCUGCAGUUACUCUCUUUAAAAAGCUUAUUUUCUCUACGAAUGAAGCUGUUCAAACAUCCAGCAGCUUGGCUAUAUCUUCUAGACUGCUCCAGGUUCCCUUUCCAAAGCAGAAGAUGUUAGGGGCUGAUGACGUCGUGGAUGGUCCAUCAUCUGUUGCCCUCCGUGCUGAUGCUAAUAGUGCGACUAGUGGAAAUAAUCCUAUUUUGGUAGAAGAAGAUUCAAUCACUUCAUCUGUACAGUAUUGUUGUGAUGGUUGCUCAACUGUUCCUAUUUUGAGGCGAAGAUGGCACUGUACAGUUUGUCCUGAUUUUGAUUUAUGUGAAGCAUGUUACGAAGUCUUAGAUUCUGAAAGACUUCCUCCUCCACAUUCUAGAGAUCACCCAAUGACGGCAAUCCCAAUUGAAGUAGAGACAUUUAGUGGAGAUGGCAAUGAAAUUCACAUCUCUACUGUUGAUAUAAGCGAGUCCACUUUGUUGUCGGUUUCUGGUGGCAUCAAUUUGCAGAAUUCAGCUCCAUCAAUCCAUGAUCUGGAGCCGAGCGAGUCGGGAGAAUUCUCUACUUCAGCUGUUGACCCUGUUACUAUUUCUGCUUCUAAAAGGGCGGUCAAUACGCUGCUUCUUUCCGAGCUUCUUGAGCAGCUGAAAGGAUGGAUGCUUACGACCUCUGGAGUUCAGGCAAUUCCUGUGAUGCAGCUCUUAUACCGAUUGUCUUCAGCUAUUGGUGGUCCUUUUGUCGAUAGCACAGAGGUUGAGAGCUUAAAUUUGGAAUAUUUGAUCAAAUGGUUUAUAGAUGAGAUGAAAGUGAAUCAACCUUUUGAUGCACAGACCCGAUCAUCAUUUGGGGAAGUGAUGAUCCUUGUAUUCAUGUUCUUCACACUUAUGAUACGUAACUGGAAUCAACCAGGUGCUGAUGUUACUGUAUCAAAAUCUGGCGGGACAGCAGAUUCACAGGACAAAGGUAUCCUGAUCCCACCGUCCGUGCAAUUAUCCAGUUCCUCUACAUCUGAUGGCCAUGAAAAAAGCGACCCGGCAUCCUGCCUGCAUAGAGCUUGUGGGUUCCUUAGGCAGCAGGUUUUCAUUAACUAUCUCAUGGACAUUUUGCAACAGUUGGUCCAUGUCUUCAAGUCGCCUUCUGUCAGCUCUGAAACUCAUGGGAUGAACCCUGGUUCUGGAUGUGGUGCUUUAUUGACCGUCAGGAGAGAGCUUCCAGCUGGUAAUUUCUCACCAUUUUUCUCGGAUUCGUACGUCAAAUCUAACCGUUCAGAUAUAUUUGCUGACUACCAUAGAUUAUUACUGGAGCACACUUUCCGGUUACUCUACUGUCUAGUUCGGCCUGAGAAGCAUGACAAGGGUGGGGAGAAAGAAAAAACAUACAAGAUUUCUUCUGCUAAGGAUCUGAAGCUUGAUGCAUAUCAGGAUGUUCUUUGCAGUUAUAUCAACAAUCCUCAUACGACUUUUGUAAGGAGGUAUGCCAGGCGGCUUUUUCUGCAUGUCUGUGGCAGUAAGACACACUAUUACAGUGUCCGUGAUACUUGGCAGUUUUCAAAUGAGAUUAGGAAGCUUUAUAAGCACAUUGACAAAUCUGGUGGAUUUCAAAGCUCCAUCUCAUAUGAAAGAAGUGUGAAGAUAGUGAAGUGCCUCUCAACCAUUGCAGAAGUAUCUGCAGCAAGACCUAGAAACUGGCAGAAAUAUCUCUUAAGGCAUGUAGAUGUGUUACCAUUCCUCAUGAAUGGUGUUUUCUCUUUUGGGGAAGAGUGUGUUAUUCAAGCUCUGAAACUUCUAAAUUUGGCAUUUUAUUCUGGAAAGGAUGCUAAUCACUCCUCACAGAAGGCUGACGGUGGAGAUGGAGGUACGAGUUCGAGCAAGUUUGGAGCACCAGACUCCAAGAAAAAAAAGAAAGGUGAUGAAGGAAGUGAAUCUCCUAUGGAGAAAUCGUACAUGGAUAUGGAACAAGCGCUGAAUGUCUUUACCGACCGUGGUGAUGACUGCCUUACGCAAUUUAUAGACACAUUUUUGUUGGAGUGGAAUUCUAGCACCGUGCGUGGAGAAGCCAAAUGUGUUCUUUUGGGUGCAUGGCACCAUGGGAAGCAGUUGUUCAAGGAGACUAUGUUAAUUGUUCUGUUGCAGAAAGUGAAACACUUGCCGUUGUAUGGUCAGAAUGUCGUCGAGUGCACUGAGCUCAUCACUCUCUUGCUUGGGAAAUCAGCUGAUAGUACCUUCAAACCACAGAACAAUGAAAUUAUAAAUAAUUGCUUGACUUCUGAUGUGAUUAAAAGCAUUUUCGAGACACUGCAUUCACAAAAUGAGCUUUUAGCAAACCAUCCGAAUUCUCGUAUUUACAAUACAUUGAGUGGUUUGGUGGAAUUUGAUGGUUAUUAUCUUGAGAGCGAACCCUGUGUUGCAUGUAGCUCUCCUGAGGUUCCAUACAGCCGGAUGAAGCUCGAAAACCUGAAAUCAGAAACAAAAUUCACAGACAAUCGUAUCAUUGUGAAAUGCACCGGUAGCUAUACCAUUCAGAGUGUGACCAUGAAUGUUCAUGAUGCUCGAAAGUCCAAAUCGGUUAAAGUGCUGAAUCUUUAUUAUAACAACAGGCCUGUGGCUGAUUUAUCAGAGUUGAAGAACAAUUGGUCCUUAUGGAAACGGGCAAAGAUAUGCCAUCUGGCAUUCAAUCAGACAGAGCUGAAAGUUGACUUCCCCAUUCCUAUAACAGCGUGUAACUUUAUGAUUGAGUUGGAUUCUUUCUAUGAAAAUCUUCAAGCAUUAUCCCUGGAACCACUGCAGUGUCCACGUUGUAGUCGGCCUGUCACUGACAAACAUGGAAUUUGUAGCAACUGUCACGAAAAUGCUUACCAGUGCAGGCAAUGCCGCAACAUAAAUUACGAAAAUCUUGACUCCUUUCUGUGCAAUGAGUGUGGAUAUAGCAAAUAUGGUCGCUUUGAAUUCAAUUUUAUGGCCAAGCCAAGUUUUACUUUUGACAGCAUGGAAAAUGAUGAGGAUAUGAAGAGGGGACUAGCGGCAAUAGAAUCUGAAUCUGAAAAUGCUCAUCGGCGAUAUCAACAGCUUUUGGGUUUUAAGAAACCCUUGCUGAAGAUUGUGUCAAGCAUCGGUGAGAAUGAAAUGGAUUCUCAGCAGAAGGAUUCUGUGCAGCAAAUGAUGGUGUCGUUACCUGGUCCUUCGUGCAAGAUCAACCGCAAAAUAGCCCUUCUUGGUGUACUUUAUGGUGAGAAGUGCAAAGCAGCCUUUGAUUCCGUGAGUAAAAGUGUUCAGACUCUUCAAGGUCUCCGACGGGUAUUGAUGAGUUAUUUGCAUCAGAAACAUUCUGAUAAUCUUGCUGCAGCCUCGAGAUUCGUUGUGUCAAGGUCUCCAAAUAGUUGUUAUGGUUGUGCCAGUACUUUCGUAACCCAAUGUCUUGAAAUACUGCAAGUGCUAUCAAAGCACCCAAGUUCUAAGAAGCAACUUGUUGCUUCUGGCAUUCUGCGUGAGUUGUUUGAGAACAAUAUUCAUCAGGGCCCAAAAACAUCUCGUGUUCAAGCCAGGGCGGCACUUUGUGCUUUCUCUGAGGCCGAUGUAAAUGCAGUGACCGAAUUGAACAGCUUGCUGCAGAAGAAGGUUGUCUACUGUCUUGAACAUCAUCGUUCCAUGGACAUAGCUUUGGCAACACGAGAAGAACUGUUGUUGCUUUCAGAUGUCUGUUCUUUGGCCGAUGAGUUCUGGGAGUCGAGAUUAAGGAUUGUUUUCCAUUUGUUAUUUAAAUCAAUCAAACUAGGUGCCAAGCAUCCUGCUAUAUCCGAGCAUGUCAUACUACCUUGCCUCAAGAUUAUAUCUCAAGCAUGUACUCCACCGAAACCUGAUACAGUCGAAAAAGAUCCAGUAGCUGGAAGGCCACCUUCAGUUUCACAUCUGAAAGAUGAAAACAGAUCACAUGAAUCUGGGUCUAGUGGGCUCGCGAAUGCGAACAGAUCUUUGUUGGAGUCAUCAGACAAGAAUUGGGGUGGUUCCUCGAAGACUCAGGAUAUCCAGUUACUGAGCUACUCUGAGUGGGAGAAGGGAGCUUCAUAUCUUGAUUUUGUGAGGCGGCAAUAUAAAGUUUCUCAGUCAGUCAGAGUUGGCCAGAAGUCUCGGCCUCAAAGAUGUGAUUAUUUGGCCAUGAAAUAUGGGUUGAGAUGGAAGCGGCGGGCUUGUAAAGCAACUCAGAGUGAAACAAAAUUAUUCGAACUCGGUUCAUGGGUUACUGAACUUAUACUGAGUGCUUGCUCACAGUCAAUAAGAUCUGAGAUGUGCAUGUUAAUCAAUUUGCUUUGUGGACAAAGUUCAUCCAGACGGUUCCGGUUGCUAAAUUUGCUAAUGUCAUUGUUACCAGCUACUCUUUCUUCUGGUGAGGAUGCAGCAGAGUAUUAUGAGUUGCUUUUUAGAAUGAUCGAUUCGGAGGAUGCUCGUCUAUUUUUGACUGUCCGAGGAUGUUUGACUACUAUCUGUAAACUGAUUAUGAGGGAAGUGAACAAUGCUGAGGCCUUAGAGAGGAGCCUCCAGAUUGACAUAUCGCAGGGUUUUAUUCUUCACAAGCUCAUAGAGCUCCUUGGAAAAUUUUUGGAGGUCCCCAAUAUCCGAUCAAGAUUCAUGCGAGAAAAACUGUUAUCCGAUGUUCUUGAGUCCCUCAUCGUGAUCAGGGGCUUGAUUGUCCAAAAGACUAAACUAAUAUGUGACUGUAACCGACUGCUGGAAGAUCUGCUUGAGAGUCUUCUGCUAGAGAGCAAUGAGAAUAAACGGCAGUUCAUCCAGGCUUGCAUUGGUGGCCUACAGGUUCAUGGAGAGGAUAAAAAGGGACAUAAUUCCAUGUUUAUAUUGGAGCAGCUCUGCAAUUUGAUUAGCCCAUCAAAACCAGAGCCUGUUUAUCUUUUGAUACUGAACAAAGCACAUACUCAGGAAGAAUUUAUUAGGGGAUCAAUGACCAAGAACCCUUACUCAAGUGCUGAGAUCGGUCCCUUGAUGCGUGAUGUGAAAAAUAAAAUCUGCCACCAGUUGGAUCUUUUAGGUCUGCUUGAAGAUGAUUUCAGUAUGGAGUUGCUGGUCGCAGGGAACAUCAUCUCUCUUGACUUGAGUAUUGCUCAAGUUUACGAGCUGGUUUGGAAGAAAUCAAACAGCCAAUCAUCUAAUCCAGCCGCUGGAGCUGCAUUUGUGUCUGCUAAUGCUGCCUCAUCCAACAGAGAUUGCCCUCCAAUGACAGUCACCUAUCGGCUUCAGGGCUUAGAUGGUGAAGCUACAGAGCCCAUGAUCAAAGAGUUAGACGAGGAUAGAGAGGAAUCUCAAGAUCCUGAGGUUGAGUUUGCUAUAACUGCUGCCGUACGAGAAUGUGGGGGCCUGGAGAUUCUCUUGAGCAUGGUCCAGCGGUUACAAGAUGAUCUGAAGUCAAAUCAAGAGCAGCUGGUGGCUGUGCUAAAUCUUUUGAUGCUUUGUUGCAAAACAAGGGAAAACAGAAGAGCAUUAUUACGACUGGGAGCUUUAGGUUUACUCCUUGAAACUGCAAGGCGUGCGUUCUCUGUGGAUGCUAUGGAGCCAGCCGAAGGCAUUCUUCUGAUUGUGGAGAGCUUGUCUCUGGAAGCAAAUGAGAGUGACAACAUCAAUGUCACACCAGGAGUAUUUACAGUCUCCAGUGAGGAUACUGGCAGCAAUGAACAGGCCAAGAAAAUUGUUCUCAUGUUCCUGGAGCGCUUGUCACACCCUUCAGGACUUAAGAAGUCAAGUAAACAGCAGAGGAAUACAGAAAUGGUUGCAAGAAUCUUGCCAUAUUUGACGUACGGGGAACCUGCAGCCAUGGAAGUUCUUGUCGAGCACUUUGACCCUUACUUGAAGGACUGGAGUGCAUAUGAUCGCCUACAGAAGCAAUAUGAAGACAAUCCAAAGGAUGAAAAGAUUGCCCAGCUUGCAGACAAACAGAAAUUUGCAUUCGAAAAUUUUAUACGGGUCUCCGAGUCGUUAAAAACAAGUUCUUGUGGGGAGAGAUUGAAGGAUAUAAUAUUGGAAAGAGGAAUUACUGGACUUGCUGUGAGACACUUGAAGGUAUCUUUUGCUUGCAUGGGGCAGCCUGGCUUUAGAUCGACCGCUGACUGGACGGCUGGGUUGAAAUUGCCUUCUAUUCCUCUCAUACUCUCUAUGCUGAGGGGGCUCUCAAUGGGUCACUUGGCCACUCAACGGUGUAUCGAUGAGGAAGGGAUUUUACCUUUGCUCCAUGCUUUGGAGAGUGUUCCUGGUGAAAACGAGAUUGGUGCGAAGGCUGAAAACUUGUUGGACACCCUCACUGACAAGGAGGGGACAGAUAAUGGAUAUUUAGCAGAAAAAGUUCGCCAACUGAGACGUGCAACUCGUGAUGAGAUGAGGCGUCGAGCUCUGAAGAAAAGAGAACAGUUGCUUCAGGGACUCGGAAUGCGGCAAGAAGUGACUUCGGAUGGUGGCGAGCGUAUCUUUGUUUCCCAACCUGUCCUUGAGGGUUUCGAAGACAUGGAGGAGGAAGAAGACGGGUUGGCCUGCAUGGUCUGCCGGGAGGGUUACCGCUUGAGACCCACCGACCUUUUGGGCGUCUACACCUACAGCAAGCGUGUGAGCUUGGGUGCCGGGAGCUCAGGCAGCAGUCGAGGGGACUGCGUCUACACGACCGUCAGCCAUUUCAAUAUCAUACAUUUCCAGUGCCAUCAGGAGGCUAAGAGAGCCGACGCUGCCUUGAAAACCCCAAAGAAGGAGUGGGACGGGGCUGCUCUCAGAAACAACGAGACCCUAUGCAAUAAUCUGUUUCCCCUGAGAGGCCCGUCUGUCCCUGUGGGCCAGUACGUGAGAUAUGUCGAACAGUACUGGGAUUACCUCAAUGCUUUGGGACGGGCAGAUGGUAGCCGCCUCAGGUUAUUGACUUACGACAUUGUUUUGUUAUCACGGAGUGUUCAACUUUCUAGCUUGGAUUGUGUGUGGUAUUCGCGCGUCGCAGCAUAUGGCGAAUAA